GGGAGGCGGGGCCUCGUUGCUAUGACGGCGACAAUAGGCGGUUGGGUCGCUUGGAGUUGAAAGCUGAGUGGAAAGAAGUGACAAAAUGAUGCUGUCACGUGCAAAACCUGCUGUCAGUGGGGAAACACUGCAGAUGGAUAAAAAGAAGAAGAAGGGGAAAAAGAUUCCGAAGUUGGAGGAAUAUCUGGUUAGCAGAGACUACUCGGGGGCCCUGACAUUGUUGGAGUUCAAGCGGCAUGUCGGGGAGAAUGAGGAAGAUGUUGACUUGUGGAUAGGAUACUGUGCAUUCCACCUUGGAGAUUAUAAGCGGGCCAUGGAGGAAUAUGAAGCCCUGACGAAGAAUGAAGACUGUCACCCUGAUGUUUGGGUGAAUCUAGCAUGUACUUACUUUUUUCUGGGCAUGUACAAGGAGGCAGAGGAGGCAGGAAUGAAAGCUCCUAAAAGUCGAUUGCAGAAUCGCCUGUUAUUUCACUUGGCUCACAAGUUCAGUGAUGAGAAGCGGUUGAUGAACUACCACCAGAAUCUACAGGACAUCACUGAGGAUCAGCUCAGUCUAGCUUCAAUCCACUACAUGCGUUCCCAUUAUCAGGAAGCUAUUGAUAUUUACAAACGCAUCCUGCUUGACAACCGGGAGUUCAUGGCCUUGAAUGUUUAUGUAGCUCUCUGCUACUACAAAUUGGAUUACUAUGAUGUUUCCCAGGAGGUUCUGGCUGUCUAUCUGCAACAUUAUCCUGACAGCACUAUCGCACUGAACCUGAAGGCCUGCAAUCACUUCCGACUUUACAAUGGCAAGGCAGCAGAGGCAGAACUGAAAAAUUUAAUGGACAUUGCAUCUCCUGUGUUUGAUUUUGCAAAGGAGCUCAUUAAGCACAAUCUGGUGGUGUUCCGCGGUGGAGAUGGUGCUCUGCAGGUCCUCCCACCACUUAUUGAUGUCAUCCCUGAGGCCAGGCUCAACCUCGUUAUCUAUUACCUCCGGCAAGAUGAUGUACAGGAGGCCUAUAAUCUUAUCAAGGACCUGGAGCCAACAACUCCCCAGGAAUAUAUCCUGAAAGGUGUGGUGAAUGCAGCUCUUGGUCAGGAACAGGGUUCGAGGGAGCACCUGAAGAUUGCACAACAAUAUUUCCAGUUAGUUGGAGGCUCUGCCAGUGAAUGUGAUACCAUCCCUGGGCGUCAGUGUAUGGCCUCCUGUUUUUUCCUACUGAAGCAGUUUGAGGAUGUUUUGAUUUAUCUAAACUCUGUCAAGAGUUACUUCUAUAAUGAUGACCUCUUCAACUUCAACUAUGCACAGGCAAAAGCAGCUGUUGGCAACUUCAAGGAGGCUGAGGAGAUUGAAUGCUUCUAUGAAUUUCCAUUUAAAAUACAUUUGAAUACUGAACAGUGCAGUGCAAACAAAUGAUUGAACUGUCAUGCAGCGCACAAGGCUCCCGAUAUCAAUGUGAUAACAGCUGGAUCUGAAUAGCUGGAACUGGUAUGGCUUGAUUUUGCUGAUAUUGUGUUGGAUCAGAUCUUCUGAUGGUGUAUAACCGUCUGAAUUUCAGAAGUGCAUCUAGCUUAUUUGUUAAUUGUUAGGAAAAUUUGAGUGACUACUCUGCCCUGGCUGAGACCAGAUCAGUCUAGUAGUGCAGAACACAAAUGGAUACGUGGUCCUUUUAAGCAUCUACUAAUAGAAAAUCUCCUGCAGCUUAACACGCACAUUUGAAGAGAAAUAUUUUGUUGAAGACUUCUGAUGUGGCUAUAGAUUGUUUUUUGUCUGUCAACAAGAUGCUAGAAGGUUGUGAUGGAUAGAAGAUUUAAAAGGUAUAAUAGUAUUUGAAGAAUUGAGUCAAGGUGGCAAUUGUGUGGAAGCCUGAUUGGAAAAGCUGUUCAGCACCCUUCACUCUGAGUCUGUCCCAGUAUUCAAUUAUAUCAUAGCUGAUCUAUAACUUGACUUCAUUUACACACCUUGGUUCCUUACUCCUUCAAUAUUGUUGAUGGUGUCUUCACUGGCUGUACCAAUUGUGUUCUUAGUGCAUGAACAAUGAUAUAGGUCUGGAUUUUUUGACACGUGCUGUAGAAUUUCUGGUAAUGUCUCUUGCAUGCAAUUAUAAAAUAUUUAGCUGCAUGAAUAAACAAACUGCACAGUUCAUAUCAGCUUUAUUGUAAAUUCCUUUAGCAAUGUGAAACAUUUGGGAGUUUCUGUUGUACUGAUUUGGUAUCUCAUCAAUUGGGUAUUUAAGACUUCUGUGCACCUAGAAUUUAAUACAUACAAGCUGGAACUUGCUUCCACAGUAUCUUAGUGAAUUGUCUGUUCAGUACAUUCAGUCUUAUUUGAUCAAAUGUUGAUUUAUUAGUUGGAAGAUUAGUUGUUGUCACAGCCCAACUGCAUUCUUCAAUACAAAUUUAAAAAUGGCAACACACUCAGCAAUUGAGACUUGAAUAUUGAUCCCCUAUCUUUGAAGGCUGUUUUAACAGCAUCCCUGUAAGCACAUUCCUGGACAUGACACUUGGAAAAUGAAGUUUAUCUUUAAGCAGAUCUUUCCUUAGCCCCCACCAUCAUACUUUGGUUUGAUCACAAUCUUAGUGUCAGUCUAAUCUGCCUUAUUCUUAUUCCUGCUAACUUUAAUUAGAUCUUGCUGCAGACUUCUCCUCCUCUUCUCCCUGAUGAAAUCAUAACUUAUUGUUUGGGUUUCUUUUCUUAACUUUUUUUUUCCCCCUUCAAGAUCUGAAAACUCUACAGUUGCUCGCUGCUGUGGCUCUCGCAAUAUACCAGUUUUUAAACCCAAAGUUCAAUCUUUUCUAUCACUGUUACCAAUUAACUUUGUUUUCUGCCUGCUUUUUGAACCUUAUUGAUGUUUGCAUUAUGGACUUUGAGCCUCGGUCUGCGAUCCUUAAAUUUUAAAUUGCUGUUGACAGUGAUCACUUAUCGAACAGCACCAAAAGGAGUCCUGAUUUCAAAUAAACUCCUUACCAAUGCUUAAUAAAUUAAUGUAUAGAAUACUGCAGACUUCAAUCAUUACAUCUUCCUUACAGACACUUGCAGAUUCACAUUCAAUCCUUUGGUUAAUUAGAGUGUACACAUUCAAAUUGAACAAUCACUUUUUCAUGGUGUUUUGUUCUUGCUGAACUGAGGAAGCUUUAGGUUGCUUUUGAACUUGUGUAUCCAGCUGGAGAAGUUAGGGUUUUUUUCCUUUUUAUUUUCUCAAUUUGAGUCAGUUUAUGUAAUUAUUUGCUUUAACAUUUUACUUAGCUGGUAUUCUUCAUCAUGAGAAUUAGAUUUUUUGACCAGGAAGCAAAUCACUAUUGGACUCAGAUGUUCACACAUGCGCUUUCCGGAAAGAACCAUUAGAUAGCAAUUGGAUGUUCUAACAGUUAUUGUUCCUGCUGCUCCUUAGAUGGGCACAUUGAUUCCAAGUCCUACUGCAUUAUAUGACUCAACACCGGUCGCCCCCUGAACCUGGAACCUUGCUGUCGUGCAUGGCUUGAUAUGCAGACUUCACUAAUGUGGCAUUCCUGCUAUGUAAACUUUGUACUUCUUUAAA